AUGUUCUCCCGACAAGCCCUCCGUGCCGUCCGGGCCACCGCCCCCCAGCGUGCCCUCGCCCUGCGCGCCGCCCCCGUCCGGGCCUUUGCCGCCGCCGCCGGCACCGAGGGCCAGCCCCCGAUCACCGUCUUCGGCCUCGAUGGCACCUACGCCUCUGCCCUGUACACGGCCGCCUCCAAGUCUUCGUCGCUCGACCCCACGGCCAAGGCGCUCGCCAACCUCGGCGCCAUCGUCGAGAAGGACACCAAGCUCUCGCAGAUCCUCGCCGCCCCGACGCUGACCCCCGAGGACAAGUCGGCCAUAGUCGCCGAGCUCAACAAGCACGCCGGCGGCAGCUCCGCGACGGUCAAGAACUUCCUCGACACCCUCGCCGAGAACAACCGCCUGGGCCUCCUCCAGGGCGUCUGCUCCAAGUUUGGCCAGAUCAUGGCCGCCGCCCGCGGCGAGGUCGAGAUGACUGUCACCAGCGCUCAGGCCCUUGACAGCAAGACUCUGUCCCGCCUCGAGACCGCCGUCGCCAAGUCCUCCUACGUCGGCCAGGGCAAGAAGCUCAAGGUCACCAACCAGGUCAACCCCGACAUCGUUGGUGGACUCGUCGUCGAGGUCGGUGACCGCACCAUCGACCUCAGCGUCUCUUCCCGCAUCGCCAAGAUGAACAAGCUCCUGACGGACACCCUGUAA